AAAAUGGUAUAUUCAAGUUUGACACGAUAUUUUAUUGGCUAAAGUUGCACCAAUAAUGUGAAGAAAAGGACAAGAAUAAAAAGUUGGGAGUUCAUCUUGUCAUUUUGUGCAUUCUUUAGGAGUGACAGUUACAGAUCUGACGCUACCUUUUGUUUGAUUCCCUUCGUGUCUUUCUUCCUCUGCUGUGGCACAUGGUCAUUUGGACAUUUGGGAUUUCUUGUUGGAUGUAUUCUUAACAAGUAUCUUAAGACCUCGGUGACAAUCUGGCACAAAAUUAACAAAUUUUGGUGCCAUCUGAUCAAAUUCUACGCUAGAGGGGUUCUUUCCAAAGGAACUGCUUUUCUCAAGUACUCCCAUGGUGUUGCUACUUCACUGCAAAAGCAGAAAAUUCUAUCAGGUGAAUUCGGGAGGUCAGGUGGCAAUACAGGAAGUUGUAUCCAGUUUUUAAUGGAAUUCGUGAAGAAGUUUGUUUUGAAAUUAAACUAGUCAGAACCUUUGAUACUGCAAACCUGUGUAACCAAACAAGAGUUUAGAUCUAGCUUAGCCUAGUAAAUUUUGUCCCUCCAGUGGGUGUGGGUCAUAAAAGUGUGCAUGUCUUGGGAGAAAGAGAAUCCCCUCAGAAUGGAUGCAAUGACAUCUGAAGAAUAUGCCUCCCAAUCCAAGCUACUGCAAGAAUUUACCAAUGUCCCAAGUAUUGAUAGUGCUUUGAUCCUCAAAACCAACAAUGAAGACAGAUCCACAGCAAUGUUCUCCGUUAGUCAGCCAGACCUACUGGCGAACAGCAACAGAAAAUACAUUUUGUAUUCUCAUAUUACAAGAGCUGGUACCAAUUCUCUGGAUUUCCAGUGGUCUCCUUUCCCCACUGAGAUAACUGGAGUGUCUGUCAUUGUUCCAUCCCCUUCAGGAUCGAAGCUUCUUGUAGUACGAAACGGGGAGAAAGAUUGCCCCACUAAGCUUGAAAUUGUUUAUCAAUCACAUGUGGAGAAGGAGAUACAUGUAGUAAAGUCUAUGCAUGGCCCUCUUUAUACCGAUGAAUGGUUUCAUGGUAUUUCUUGGAAUCAAGAAGAGACCUUGAUAGCAUAUAUUGCUGAAGCUCCUACCCAACCAAAACCAGCUUUUAAUCAUUCUGGAUUUAGAAAGGAAGGUUCUUCUGAGGCAGACUGUAAUACCUGGAAAGGACAGGGCGAUUGGGAAGAGAACUGGGGUGAAAGGUACUCCAAUAAAGGGAGACCCUCAUUGUUUGUUCUUGACAUUGCCAGAGGACAAGUGCGAGCGGCUAAAGGCAUUUCAACAUCAUUGAGUGUUGGCCAAGUCGUUUGGGCUCCAGCAUCAUCAAGUGGCAGUCAAAAGUAUCUGGUUUUCGUUGGAUGGUUAGAGCACAACGGGUUCCAGAACACUGCUAGAAAACUUGGUAUCAAGUACUGUUCUAAUAGGCCAUGUGCUCUUUAUGCAAUUCCUUGCCCUUUUGAAGGAUCCGAGCCUGACAGUACACCAGCUAGUGAUGGUAAAUCAGACUCCAGUAUAGUAGCGCGCAACUUAACCACAGGCUUUAGCAGUGCUUUGUUUCCACGGUUCAGCCGGGAUGGAAAACUUCUGGUGUUUCUAUCUUCAAAACAAGCUGUAGACAGUGGUGCACAUAAUGCAACGGAUUCCCUGCAUAUAAUCAAUUGGCCUUCAGAAUGGAAAAUGGAUAAACAACUCGAUGUUAAUGAAAUGGUGCCUAUUGUAAUGUGCCCUGAAGAUGGCUGUUUUCCAGGCCUCUAUUGUUCAUCCAUGCUAUCUGAUCCUUGGCUCCCUGAUGGAUGCACAAUGAUAUUAACAUCUGCUUGGAGAAGUACUGAAGUGAUAUUAUCAAUAGAUGUUUUAAGUGGCAAAGUAACAAGAAUAACUCCAGAAGACUCGUAUUACUCAUGGAGUGCUCUUGCAUUAGAUGGCAACAAUGUUCUUGCUGUGUCAAGUAGUCCCAUCGACCCUCCUUACAUCAGGUAUGGACAUCCCGUGACACCAGAGGGUCAAGGAUGGACUUGGGAUGAAGUUACUAGUCCAUUGAUGGCAUCCAACAGUAAGGUUAAGUCCUUGUUACUGCAUCACAGUGUCAGUAUACUUAAAAUUCCUGUGCCUAGCCCUUCUAAUGACCUUUCUGAUGGUGGAAAACUUCCAUUUGAGGCCAUAUUUGUGUCCUGCAAGGAUAGUUCGCACAGUCCAACUGUUGUAAUCCUUCAUGGUGGCCCACAUUCAGUGUCUGUAUCAAGCUAUUCAAGAUCUUCAGCAUUUCUUGCUUCGCUUGGAUUUAAUCUGCUUAUUAUAAACUAUCGAGGUACACCAGGUUACGGAGAGGAAGCUUUGCAAUCACUUCCUGGAAAAGUUGGAUCCCAGGAUGUUCAAGACUGCCUUACAGCACUAGAUUUCACCAUUAAGGAAGAGCUAGUAGAUGCAUCUAAAGUAGCUGUUGUUGGGAUUUCGCAUGGUGGAUUCCUGACAACUCAUUUGAUCGGUCAGGCUCCAGACAGAUUUGUCGUGGCAGCUGCUCGGAACCCUGUCUGCAAUCUGUCACUGAUGAUUGGCACCACUGACAUCCCAGAUUGGUGUUACAUAGUGGCCUGCGGAACUGAAGCAAAGCAAUAUGCCUCUGAAGCCCCUUCGUCCAACCAUCUUCAUCUCUUCUAUCAGAAAUCGCCAAUUGCCCAUAUCUCUAAAGUGAAAGCGCCCCUUCUUAUGCUUCUUGGUGGAGCUGAUCUUCGAGUACCUGCUUCUAAUGGCCUACAGUACGCAAGGGGCCUGAGAGAAAGAGGAGGCGAGGUCAAAAUCAUGAUGUUCCCAGAGGACAUACAUGAAAUCAAUUUACCGCGGUCUGAUUUCGAAAGCUUCCUCAACAUUGGAGUAUGGUUCAAGAAACAUCUGAACGCGGUGGCAUGAAGCAGAUCCUGGUGGUUCAUUCGGUCAAGUAACUAGGCGACCAUGAACUUCAAAUAUUUGUAUAGCAGUGCUCCUAUAAGUUUGGGAAGAAUCUAAACAUUGUUGUGAAAAAAAUAAAUGCUGAUUCGUACCAUUUUCAUACAUCGUUAAUCAUACAGUAUGAUUCAUACUUUUGUGGGCUUAGGAAGAAGGUCGUUGGUCGCAAGCCGAGUUAAUCAUUUUGCCUGAUAUAUAACGGCAUUAGGAAUGAUAGCUUUGAGUGUGGUUUGA